CCUUCCCCCCCCCCCCCCCCUCUCCCUGUUCGUUGCCUUCUCCGUGCCGAACACCACAGCGCGCGCGCGGGGGGGCGGGUUCGGCUCUCUCGCGAGCUCUGCUCUCUGUCCCUCUCUCUCUCUCGCCGCCUCCUGCCUCGCACACUCGAGAUUGGUGGGGUGGAUUUGGGGGAGGAGGAGGUGGGGUGGGGUGGGGUGGUUGCUGAGGAGGAGGUGGUGGUGAGAGAUCGGGCGGCGGGUUGCCGCCGGAGGAGGUAGAGGGAUCCUCGGGGGAGGGCGGUUCUUGGGUCGGGGGACCCCCCCAUGGCGUGAGGAGAGGGUGCCCUCCGGGAGAUCUUGCGGGGCGGGUGUGUGGUGUUGCUAGCUGAGGCUGUUGGGUGGGUACCCCCGAGCGGCCGGGGAAUCUCCUCCCUUCUCGAGCGACCGCCCGCGUCGCUCCGCCAUGGCCGGCAGCGACGAGGUCAACCGCAACGAGUGCAAGACGGUGGUGCCGCUCCACACAUGGGUGCUCAUCUCCAACUUCAAGCUGUCGUACAACAUUCUGCGGCGGGCGGACGGGACGUUCGAGCGGGACCUCGGGGAGUACCUGGACAGGAGGGUGCCGGCGAACGCGCGGCCGCUGGAGGGGGUGUCGUCGUUCGACCACAUCAUCGACCAGUCGGUGGGGCUGGAGGUGCGCAUCUACCGGGCGGCGGCGGAGGGUGACGCGGAGGAGGGGGCGGCGGCGGUGACGCGGCCCAUCCUUGAGUUCCUGACGGACGCGCCAGCGGCGGAGCCGUUCCCGGUGAUCAUAUUCUUCCACGGCGGCAGCUUCGUGCACUCGUCGGCCAGCUCGACCAUCUACGACAGUCUGUGCCGCCGGUUCGUGAAGCUGAGCAAGGGCGUCGUGGUGUCCGUCAACUACCGGCGCGCGCCGGAGCACCGCUACCCGUGCGCGUACGACGACGGGUGGACCGCGCUCAAGUGGGUCAUGUCGCAGCCGUUCAUGCGCAGCGGCGGCGACGCGCAGGCCCGCGUGUUCCUCUCCGGCGACAGCUCCGGCGGCAACAUCGCCCACCACGUCGCCGUCCGCGCCGCCGACGAGGGCGUCAAGGUCUGCGGCAACAUCCUGCUCAACGCCAUGUUCGGCGGCACCGAGCGCACGGAGUCGGAGCGGCGGCUCGACGGCAAGUACUUCGUGACGCUCCAGGACAGGGACUGGUACUGGAAGGCGUACCUGCCGGAGGACGCCGACCGGGACCAUCCGGCGUGCAACCCGUUCGGCCCGAACGGCCGGCGGCUCGGGGGCCUCCCCUUCGCCAAGAGCCUCAUCAUCGUGUCGGGCCUGGACCUCACCUGCGACCGGCAGCUCGCCUACGCCGACGCCCUCCGGGAGGACGGCCACCACGUCAAGGUUGUCCAAUGCGAGAACGCCACGGUGGGGUUCUACCUGUUGCCCAACACCGUCCACUACCACGAGGUCAUGGAGGAGAUCUCCGACUUCCUCAACGCUAACCUCUACUACUAGUACAUAUACAGCCCCUCUCCCUCUCCCCCCUCGCUGAUCGUCGUCUCCAACACAAAUACUCCUUAUAGGGAAGAUGGUAAUUCAGCUUGACUUUGUUAUAGUACCUACUACUACUACUACUACUACCUCCUAUACUACUGCUGCUGCUUGGGAUCGCAAUGCCGUCGUCUGCUCUUGUGUGGCGAAGGAGAAGCUAGCUCCAUGCUGUCUGAUCAGCUCUAAUCAAAUGGUGACUCGGUUGCGUCGAGGAAGAAGAAGAAAGUCGUCCGUCGUCGUCGUCCUUGUUCCACUAAUCAUCGUUCAUCCUUUUCUUUUUUUGUGGUUUGGAUCGUUCUUUGAUCCAUGUUUUCCAUGUUUUGCCUGGGGUCAGUGUAGUCAAGACAAGUUGAGGGUAGUUCCAUGUCUGUCAUGCAUGCCUCCAUUAGUACUACUACUGUUGUGACUUUGGUUGAUGGAGAGAAGAAGCAUGUUUUUUUUUCUUUUAAUCUCGCAUUCCAUCCAUCUUCUCCAUGUACUCCAAAGAGAGGAAAGUUGCUAUCUAACGUUAUGUGUACAGUGAUCGAUCAACAAGGAGAUUUGAGGAGGCAUGCCCCUUUUGUUGCUGUUGA